AUGGCUGAUUUCUUUCAUCACAUGGCUAGAAGAAUGCCUGACCCUGAUGAAAUAAACUAUGAGAAAAUGAGAAAAAUGGGGGGAGUUGAGUUUAAAGGAACUGUUGACCCUACCGAUGCCGAGCAGUGGGCAAAACCUCUUGUUCUUACUUGGGAUGAUUUUGUGAAGGAAUUUCAUAAGAAGUAUGUCACACCUGCUUAUCACGAUGCAAAGAAAAAAAAGUUCUUAAAUUUAGAGCAAGGGAGCAUGUCUAUCGCUGAAUAUCAACAACAAUUUCUCAGGCUGUCCCACUAUGUUGGGGGUAUUAUUAACGACGAAAAAGAUAAGUGCAGGCGAUUCGAAGAUGGUUUGAAUGAUUCUAUCAGAAAAUCUAUAGACAAGGAACAAACUGGUAGAAAUGAACACAAGUUCAGGAAAGCUUAUGCAGAUUCAGGAGGUCCAUCAAAAAGAGGGAGGUUUGACAGUUCCACAGCUAAUACUUUUCGCAAGUUAGCCCAAUAUAAGCAGAAUAGAUCAAGUUACUCUACUGCCAGCACUCCAAGCUAUGGUCAAGGCAAGACUCGUAUACCCACUUGUGCACAGUGUGGAAAAAAUCACUUUGGUACUUGUAGAAGAGCUUCUAGCGCUUGUUUUAAUUGUGGGAGCUUCGAUCAUAAAGUGAGGGAUUGUCCUAAUCCUAAUCUCAUUUCUUCUCCGCGUACAGAAGGCUCUGUUCAGAAACCUAUUACCACUCCAUCUCAAGGGAAUAGAGGUGCAAGAUCUAGAAAUACACAAGCAACAGGUACAGGUGGAUCCAAUCAAGUGAGUGGAUCAAGAGCUACAGCACGAGCUUAUGCGAUGAGACAGAGGGAUGAACAAGAUGGAGCAGAUGUUGUUGGUGAAAGGUCAUUGUUCUCUAAUAUUAUUUCUACGGCCUUAGCAAAAAAGAUGAUUCAUCAGGGCUGUAGUGUGUAUCUUGCUUACAUAAUUGAUACACGCGUGGAGAGUCCUAGUCUUAAAGAUAUACCUACUGUGUGUGACUUUCCUGAAGUGUUUCCAGAAGAUUUUCCUGGGUUACUACCAGAAAGAGAAGUUGAAUUUCCGAUCGAGCUCAUUCCUGGAUCUACUCCUAUUUCUAUCACUCCUUAUAGGAUGGCACCAGCAGAAUUAAAGGAAUUGAAGACUCAAUUGCAAGAACUUCUUGAGAAAGGUUUCAUUCGUCCAAGUAUUUCUCCUUGGGGAGCCCCUGUGCUAUUUGUGAAAAAGAAAGAUGGUACUCCUAGACUUUGUAUUGACUAUAGACAAUUGAAUAAAAUAACAAUCAAGAACAGCUAUCCAUUACCAAGAAUUGAUGAUUUGUUUGACCAACUGAAGGGUGUUAAUUUAUUCUCCAAGAUUGAUUUAAGGUCUGGGUAUCACCAACUGCGUGUUAGAAAGGAAGAUAUUCCUAAAACCGCUUUUAGAACUCGAUAUGGUCACUAUGAAUUCUUAGUGAUGCCAUUCGGAUUAACUAAUGCGCCUGCAAUAUUCAUGGAUUUGAUGAAUCGAGUAUUUAGGCCUUAUCUUGAUCAAUUUGUGGUGGUAUUUAUAGAUGAUAUUUUAAUAUAUUCCAAGAAUGAAGAAGAGCAUGAUAAGCAUCUUCGAAUUGUUUUGCAAAUUUUGCAAAAGAAGAAGCUUUAUGCUAGGCUUUCUAAAUGUGAAUUCUGGCUCGGUGAAGUGGCCUUUCUAGGACAUAUUGUGUCGGAAAGUGGAUCCUGGUUGCAAGUUAAGCCAGUUCUACUUGAACAUGUGGAAGAAGCACAACAGUUAGAUGAGAAACUUGUAAAAUUGAUCAAAGAAGUUCAAACUGGAGGGAAGCUUGAUUUUACUUUAGGGGAGGAUGAUAAAGGCCGAGCAUCAAGUCCCAACAGGAAUAUUACAACCCCUAUCAAUACCUGA